AUGGUCCUACGAAGCAACGGUCCGGUCGCCACCGGUGCGCUAAUUGGUGCGGUACUGUUCGCGGUGCUCCUGGGGCAACAGUUUGCGCCGAGCGCCGGCUUCCUGACCUACACGAAAUACGUCACCGAGAGCAUCUCCAACCGGUCGGAUUUUGUGAACAAAGUGCUGAGUGACGAGAUCAAGCUACGAAUUGUGGACCACUCGGUGUACGUGUACGAUUGGGAUCACGACACGCUGAAGAUUAGCGGCAAGUGGGUGCUCAAGUCGCAGGAAGACGAUGCCAAGUACUACGUGGAGUACACGCAGAAGAUCGACAAAGAAACGGCCUUCAAAGGAAUCCUGGAAAAUUUGAAUGCCAACGAUCAGAUCACCGACAUCAAACGAGUUGAGCGCGCCAAACCACAGACCUACACCUUCGAAAAGACGUUCUCGUUCUGGUAG